CCUCUUAACGUUCCGGUCCCUUUACUGCAUCUGUUUUGACUGGUGGUCAGUCGGGGUCGUUGAGCACAACCGCAGUGUUGUGUUUUUAUCAGGACUGCAGUCUUCACAGUAACAAUCUACUAGUUCAGUUACCGAUAACGAUGUUUAUAAAUUGAGCCCCAUGAUGGAGGAAGUCAUACCUUUUAGCACCGUGUCCACCGUCAAAGCGCUGAGCGAUGCGCUGCGGAGAGACGCUGAACAUGAAGCCGAUAUCAGCCGGGAGCGAGAGAAGUUCUGGUUCAAAGAGAGCAGCGCCAAAAACCUGAGAAAUCGGGACUUUCUGGCACCUAAUACGGUUUUGACGACGCUGUACGCCGCCGGAGAGGUUCCCCCUGAUGUACUCCGUAGAAUUCGGAAACUUCAUGGAAGCGGCGUGUUGCCAAUAGCAGCCAGUGAGAUGACAGCUGAAGGAUUGCGUGUGUGUGUGGAUCGAUGUGCGGCAUUCAAGGGUGUACUUUGUGAAAUAAUGCCCUACCUGAGACCUGCAGCUGAAAGAGAGGGCUGUGUCCUCGUCAACUGCGCCGCCCUCCACAGCAAACAAGCCACACCCUCUCCUGAUACCCUAACUCUUGGGCAGCUAAGGACAAUUCUCAUUGCCGACCACCUUGGGAUGCAGCUCAGAAGACAAGGGUACACUGUGUCCUUUUGUCCAGCCUUGCCACAGGAGAGUGAUGUUGUCAGCUUUCUAAAAACACUAGGCAUUGAUUGGCCGACAGUUACUUUCAGUUGGACCAAUGAGGAUAGGGAAGAGAAGAUGAAAAAAGCUGUAGAGAACACUACCUACAGAGACCGAGAGAUGGAGAGAGGCAAGAGAAGAAGCAGAGGAGAGGAAAUAGAAGGAGAGAAGAGAGGAAUAAAGGAGGAAAUUAGAAUAAACCUCAAACAAGUGGUACAGGAUGAGAACCUUCAAGGUUAUGAUCCCAGUCUCGGUAUUUGCACUGUACAGAGAGAAGCUCUAUGUCACUUGGCCCAGCUUGACCACGCUACUACAGAUUUCCCUGUUUCCACGGCAACAGUCCUGCAUGUCACUUCCUGUCAGGAUGAGUUUCGUCAGCAGCAAACAGCCAUGCUGUGGAGAGCAACGGGCGCAACAGCAGUGCAGAGAUUGGUGAUUUGUGGUCCUGUUAAAACCCCUGGCGUUCAGAUGAAUGCAGCUCAGUAUCUUCAAUUAAGACAAGCCCAGAUGAAAGAGGCCUCAGAAAUGAAGUAUGGAGACCAAGUUGAAGGUCAGACAUGGGAUGACAUCAUUAGGGUCAUGACCUCGGCCACCGUUAGAUUUGAGCUACUAUCCACAGUGCACACAAGUCCGGUGACCUUAGAUGUGCAGAGGGACAGUGGGGUGUCCACAAAGGGUCCAAGGGGCGGAGUCUUUGUCAUGUAUAACUGUGCUCGCCUUCACACUCUUUUUAGCAGCUACGAGAAAGGGGUAGAGCAAGGUCUUUAUCCAGAAAUCCCAGAUGGUGCAGAGCUGGACUUUUCUGCCCUUAAGGAGGAGGGGGAGUGGCUUCUACUUUUCAAUUACCUCAUUCCGUUCUCUGAGCUUUUGGACCAAUCAGGACAGAUUCUAGAGCAUAAAGGGGGAGGAGCCAGAGUUAAUUUAAGAACGGAACAGGUGUGCAGAUUUUUGGUGUCUCUCAGUAAAGAUUUUAGCUCCUACUACAACAGAGUCCAUGUUCUUGGGGAGCCACUGCCUCAUCUCUUCAAUCAGAUGUUUUGUCGUUUAUUGUUAUUAAGAGCAUUACGAGAACUUUACCACAGCGCACUGGACUUCCUUAACCUGCCCCCGAUCCCCCAACUAUAGCAUCCACACUGGAGACAUUACACUAUACCACAGCCAGCACUCUUCCAUUUCCCUCAGUUAUGACUUCUAAAUAUCCUCCUCGCACAUACUGUAUAAUUGCCUAAACAUCUUGGUUAAACCCAAUUGUCUCAAUACCAAACCUCCAAAUUGAAAUACCCUACACACCAGGCGGACAGACUCCACACAUGAGUUUAGCAUUACUCAUCCUGUCACUGAUGUUUAUCUGUUGCCUCUCACAAGGUCCAAUGGGAUAUAUGCAUACGGGGCGAUGAUGUUCUUCCUCUAAAAUCACAGCCAGCUAAGCCACUUGCAAUCAUAAUUUAGGUAAUUUUUCAUCAAGUGAUAACAAUGUGUUUAGUAAGAAAACGUUCAAAUUCCAGCGAACCGACAACACUACGGCUGAACAUUGCGAUAUGCCUUUGUCAUCAUGCUACGAGUAAGUGCAAAAGUUUACUUGGCUUUUUUCGUAUUUGUGAAUGUAGCUUGAAACGGGUAGCCUGAAGCUUUUCUCCUUUUGGUUGUUGAUGUGUGUUUUAGUGUUUGGAUAAUUUGACUCACGUCGUUGACCGUAAUCCGAGGUGCAUCUUUAAGCGACCGAGUGAAUAACGCAAUCGUUUUUAAUGGACGCUACGUUUGCCGGAUGUAUCAGAGCUGGCUGAGAUUUUAGCGGUCAUACGUCAUCGCUCUGUGUGCCUAUACCACACUGCUUUCAAAUUUAGCAGAAUUCAUUUAAAAAUAGUAAACGGUAAAAUGCUGCGAGUUCUUGAUUCUUAUUGGUAGCUGAAAAUAGUAUCCAAAAGUAUGCAAAAUAUGAUGGAGAUGUAAAUUUGUUAAUGAUACUCAUUCCACUUUAGUUAAAAUUUGUGAACAUCCUGUCAGAUCUAUUAAAUCUCAACAAUACACUUUUAGUUCUAGUCAGUCUGGUACAUAGCAACAACCUUGAUAUCUGUCAUUCCCUCUCAACUAAUGUAAUUUAUAGAAUCGUAUAAACUGCAUUACUGCAUCACGGUCAUAGAUGUUGCAUGACAAUGUCUUUUAUGUAAUAAUCUUAAAUCAUUGUAAUUACCUUACUCUGUUAAACACCUAUAAAUUACCUUCUGUUUGUCACUACAGUUUCUGAUCAGGAAUAACCUGGACACUUUACACCAACAUCCAUAAUGCCUGCUGAAACGUCAUAGAAUGGGAUGCUAUUUUAACGUUAUUAUUAAUAGUCUUAACUUAAAUGUCAAAUCUAUUUUAAAGGGUUCCCUAUUGCCCUUUACUGUUUGUGGGCCUAUAAGUGUGCAGGUGUUCCACUCGUGCCAUACAGACAUGUGUCACUGUAUCUAGAGUUUUCACAGAAUGUGCCAUACUGUACACCACACUGUAUUCAAUCAUGUGUCAGUAAUAAACCGUUAUGGCUACUAUCUGUAUUCCCUUGCAAUUUAACAUUUUUAGUGGUGAUAUUGCUUGUAUUUUAAGAUUCAAUCAUUAAUAGAAACAAAGAACCCCUGCACACUAUUUUAACCGUUUUGUUCUCUGACCUUCAUUAAAUAUUUCAUGAUGAAAGUUGAGAUGUGCUUAAGCUCUAUAGUUUCUAUUGAUUGUUAGUAUUAUCUUAAAUUCUAUUUGCGUUAGCCUAUAUUCAAUCUGUGCACCUGUCAGUUGUUUAGCAGAUGUGCUAGAUUAGUCGUUUUUUUAUUUAUAAAUUUUUUUUAAUAAAAAAUGUAUUAAUAUAAAUUUAUCUGUUUUAACCUCUGGAUUGUCUCUUUUAGGUGUACAAAAAUGUGAAUGUAAAUUAUAUUUGUACUUUUGUCAAUUGAAGUUUAUUGAGGGCAUAUUUUUUGACAACAUUCUUAUAUAAAACAUGGCAUGCUGUCUCUGUAGAGCAAAUUAAGCCACUUAUUAAAAUGUUGAAAAAUUCC